CGGACCCGUCGCAGAGGCCGCAGUUUGCGGAUCUUGUGAGAGAUAUUUGCAGCGUUGUCGACGAAUUAUGCGCUAGUUGUUGAGGGUUCUACUGGGGUUUGCGUUGGCAAUGGCAACGGAGAAGUGCAGUGCACAGAUGCAAGUAGCUGUAAAUAUUUCUAAACUGUUAAUUACUAUUAGUGCCGCUUGCAGACUUUAAUUAAAGGAAUUUACAAUGACAUCUGAAAGAUAGCUGUGUGUCUGAUAGGAGCGCUGUGCUGUGGUGUCUUUGUCUUUGUUUGUCCGUUUGUCUGUCUGUCUGUCUGUCUGUUUGUUUGUCUGUCUGUCUGUCUGUCUGUCUGUCUGUUUGUCCGUCUGUCUGUUCAUUUAUCUAUCAUACUGUCUGUCUGUCUGUCUGUCUGUCUGUCUGUCUGUCUGUCUGUAGCAAAGAUGGAAUCGACGUGUUGGGGUCACCUGUAGGCAAUCAUGAUUAUGUUCAGUCUAGGUGCCUGGCUGUGGCUAACAUGGGCAGCUCGUUGUGUUCAAAGCUACUUGAACUUGACGACCCUCAGUGUGGCCUCCUUUUGCUCAGACAUUGUCAUGUCCCCAGGCUGAAUUUUUUGGCUAGGACUGUGCCACCUGACAGGUUACUGCAUGCAGCUGUUUGUCAUGACCACCUUACAAGGGCUACUUUCACUGACAUGGUUGGUUUGAACGAAUUGGAUGACACCGGAUGGAGCCAGGCCACUCUGAAGGUCGGGUUCGGCGGAUUUGGCUUAUCAUCAACUCAGAAGAUGGCUCACCUAGCAUUUCUGGCGUCAUGGGCACACUCUUUGAAAGAACUGCCAUUGAGAUUUCCACCUCUGAAAGAUCGUUUAGAACGGUUUAUUGAAGGUAGCAAUACAGGACAACUUAUUCGUACAUUGGUGGCAAAACUACCACCCAAGUCGGGUGCAGAUGAUGACGAGCAGUUUCACACCUUAGAGCAGAUGACAGAAUACCCUAGAAAAUUGCAACAUCGCCUGACGGUAGACGCUUCUCAUAAACGAUCAGAAGAAGUUAUCAAAAGCAUGAACUCAGAGAGACAUGUUGCAAGGAUCAGGUCCUUACACGGAAAAGGAGCUGGAGCAUGGCUAGAGGUAAUACCAACUUCAGACAAGAACGCACUGAAGCCGAAUGAAUUUCGUGUAGCGUCUUGUAUGAGGUUGGGUGCUGGUUUGCCUUUCAGCCGGCUGCUUAAGACGUGUGACUGUGGAACUGAGCUGGAUCGCGAGGGCUACCACCUUUUGACAUGUAAAUAUGGAGGUGGACCUGUGUGGACGCAUAACUCCAUAGUGUCUGCAUGGAGUGAUUGCCUAAGCGAUUUACUCAUUCCCCAUCAAAUAGAACCGAGACAGCGAUUUGUAGACAACGAAAACCGGCCUGACAUCACGCUUUACGACACUGACACUGGGAUCACAAAAGAAUGUGAUGUUUCGAUAGCUCACCCUUGGAGCAAAGACAUUAUUAAAGGUGCAGCCAGAGAAGGUGGCCAUGCAGCAGCUAAACGAGAGGCAGCAAAGUCAAAAAAAUACUCAGAGGAAUCGCUUGCGGAUGGAUCGAAGCCUAUAGUUGUCCCACUCGUCUUUGAACACUUCGGCAGGUGGGGCUUAAAGGCUGACGAGCUGAUGAAUGAACUGGGGAAGAAGGCGAGAGGCUUUGAUGGAAGAAGAAUUGCGGUAGAGUUUAAAACCUUCUGGAGGAAAAGACUGUCUAUUACUCUUCAAAAAUGCAACAGCAGAGUGAUUUUGCGGAAGCUGUCAAGGCUUUCUGUGCGCUCAUUAGGAGAUGACAGUGUUUUGGGAGUAGAUAGAGACAUUCAGUGUUUUACUCAUUAGCAAUAGUCUCGGACUACAAGUAGAACAUUUCAUUUUAACAAUAACUGUUUGUAGUAGUGAAGAUUGUUGACAAUAAACUUGAUUCUGUCUGUC